AUGGGCAGACACACAGUGCAAAAAUCUGCAGGGGUUCUUGAAUUAGAUGCCGUCUCAGCAUUAUCCGCGCAGAUUGCUACGCUGGCCAAUCAAGUCAAUCAGAUGAACUUGAAUAUCAACAAGCAACAGCAAUCCCUCGUCACAACAGUGAGAAAUUUGGAGCGUCAAAUGGGACAGCUAGCCAGUGCUCAAAACACUAGACCAGCUGGAGCUCUUCCAAGCGACACUGAAGCAAAUCCUAAGGCGGCCCUGAAUGCCGUGUCGUUGAGAAAUGGGAGACAAAUCGAGGAAGUUCCUCCUAAAAAGAGGAAACAGGUGACUUUUACUGAGAGGCUAGCCAUUAUAGCAUCAACACCAGAGAAAGCCACGGAGCCAGAGAAGCCAGCUGGAGAGGCGGUGGCUGAGCAGCCCCCACAAUUGGUUUCAAGGCCACCACCUCCAUUCCCUCAAAGAUUGCAGAAAUUAAAAGACAAUGCCGCAUAUAAAAAGUUUCUUGAUAUCUUGAAGCAGGUGCAGAUUAAUAUUCCAUUGGUUGACAUCUUACAAGAAAUACCCAAAUAUGCAAAAUACAUCAAGGAUAUUGUGGCAAAUAAAAGGAGGCUGACCGAGUUCGAGACUGUGGCACUCACUGAGGAGUGCAGCUCCAGAAUUCAAGGCAAGUUACCUCAGAAAUUGAAGGAUCCAGACAGUUGGGAUUGGGUGAACCACGCCCAACGACAGUUAGCUGACCGCUCCCUUGCUCAUCCUGAGGGAGUGAUUGAAGAUGUGCUAGUUCAAGUGGGCUCUUUCAUAUUCCCUGCUGAUUUCAUUAUCCUGGAUUACGAGCCUGAUUAG